AUCUAAUUAGUAACUAAAUCAACUUUGUUGCUAUGAAAACGAACAAUUCAUCAAAAAAACAGAAAAUGAUUUUCACACAAACAGGUAAGCUUUUUUAUAAGCAAAACUGUACAAUGAGAUGUAAUUAAAGACCUCAUGUUCAUAGAAAUUUAGAAAUAAAAAUUAUUUACUUUCCCGUUUGUUAUCAAACGAUGCACGACUGCGAUCGUUGCAUUGUAACAUUGCAUGCCGAAAGAAACAGCUCCCAACUUUCGUAGAAAACCUUCAUAAACCUUUCACUGUGCCACAGCCCGUUUAUAAGAGUGCGUGGUCAAGCAACAGACACGAUCACACUGCAUUUACUCUCAGUCUGAUAAACCAACGCGAACGUGCGUACGACUAAACAAUACGAUGCACCGUCUACUAGCAAUACUGUGUGGUGUUUGUGUCCUUCUACCCGCUAGUGCACUGAAACAUCACAUUCUGACCAAAAGCUGGGAUGAAGCACAGUCCGAUUGUCUUGAGUAUUUACGCAUCGAAUCAUCUCGCGCCGUCCCCUUUCUCGCACACCGGUACGAAGAUGAUCAGACGACGAAGGAACUGAUCUUCUGCAUUGCGCUCAACCUGCGCAUAUACGAUGCAACGCAAAAUGUGCUGCGUGUUGAAUUGCUGCGCCAAUUCUUCACCCCCGACGUGAAUGAUACGCUGUACGUGAAUCGUACGAACGAUUGUCUGUUGCGUGUUCAAACUCCUCCAAAAGAGAACAGUUACUACGGUAGGAACCCGUACGUCGGUGCGAUCGAAUCGGUGCAUGGGAUGUUCCGAUGUUUCUAUUAUUAUUAUGGUAAUUUCAAUCGAAAUGAACCGGCACUACCACCGACUCCACUGGAACUGAAGCAGAUUCAGCAAGAGUGUGCGAAAAUCAUCGGAAUUCCUGUGGGGCUGCUUAGAUGUGGAUCACACCUGAAGGCUCAUCCUGCGUAUAGUAAAUUUUCCCGCUGUGUUGUACUGAGGAGUGGCAAAUAUGCGUCAGAAUUAGGCGAUAAUUCUAUGAAAAGAUUUCUAGCCAUGAUGGGUUUAGAAGGAUAUGUGUAGAUCACAAUUGCCUAGCAAAGACAAUAGUCGAAUAAAAUACUGGAUCUUCUUAG